UGUUGUUGUUGCUGUCCUCCCGAGGCUGCUCCCGCUCUCCUUCCUGUCUUAGUUAACGCAAUAAGUCGGGUCCUGGUUUAACCUUGACGACGGGCUGACGUCUGGACACCUCCUCUGCCUGGGAGCCGCCGGAUUACGUUCCGUUUCGCGGUUUUGGAUUAUAAUACUACCGUUUGGCGUUCCUGUUCAACGGUCCGGAUUGUUGCGACGCCUGGCGCACAUAUCGCCUUGAGUCACUGGAUAGUUGAUAGAUUUUGAACGUUUUCUGGCUGGUUCUUCUGGCGUAGUGACUGUGUCCGGCGAGAGGUGCCGGGGUUUUGGUGGGCUCCUGGUGUGCCCUCAGACGUGGUGGGCGGCUGGCUUCUGCUCUGCCGGAGGACACUGGAUGACUUUUGCAUUUUAGUUGGGGGCCGAGUGUUGGUUUUGCUACCCAGUGUUUUCUGUGUGGGGCGGGGCCGGUGCUUGUCACCCUGACGGACUCCUGGGGCUCUCCAAUCGUCUGCCUGUCUGUGUUUAUUGGCAGCGAGGCACAUUAGUUUCCGCUGAUAAGCAACAAUCAUUUUACUAUUUGACUUUGCGAUUAGCCUUUGCCGGGUAUGCCUGGGCAUAUCCGAUCCCACCAUUGUCGUCACCCCUAAAGCAAAAACAACAAUAAGUGGACAUAUCGAGCAGAGGAGCCAUAAAGCAGAGCAGGUGUGAGUGCCGAGGCAAGGAGGGCACCAACAGGGAGCUUUUCAGUCAUCAGGAGCGGUGGCGGACCCCGUGGGAAUCGCCAACAUGUCCUCGAUUGCCAGAAUGGAGGAGGAAUUUGAAAGUCGUGUGUGGGACGACACCCCUGAUGCUGAGCCUCUGGAAGAAGACGAAGCGAUGAGUCCAGCUGAUGUACAGUCCAACUGCCUUCGGCAGUUCUCAAGCACGGACUUCAUCAUGGAGCCUGGCAUAUUCUCUACUCUAAAGAGAUACUUUCAAGCAGGUGGGAAUCCUGAGCAAGUAAUUGAAAUGCUGUCGGAGAAUUACCAAGCCGUGGCUCAGAUGGCUAACCUAAUGGCUGAGUGGUUGAUUUUGGCAGGUGCCAGCAUUAAUGACGUACAAGCAAUGGUGGAAAACCACCUCAAACAGAUGAUCUUGAAGACAUUUGACCCAAAGAAGGCAGAUACUAUUUUCACAGAAGAGGGAGAUGCACCUGGAUGGUUGACUGAACUGAUUGAGCACAGUACCUGGCGCUCAGUUGUUUACCAGCUGGCUGAAGAGUUUCCUGAAUGUCUCAUGUUGAAUUUCACCAUUAAGUUGAUAUCAGAUGCAGGUUUCCAGGGUGAGAUCACUAGCAUAUCAACAGCAGCUCAGCAAAUUGAGGUUUUCUCAAGAAUUCUCAAGACGUCUACAUCCAACUUUCUUCAGUCACCAGAAGAUUCCAGACACAAGGCAGUCGUGGAGUUUGCUAAAAUGGUGUGUCAUGGACAGCACACUUAUAUCUAUGCCCAGGUGAUGCUGCAGAUUCUCUCGCAGGAGACAAAAGGUGGCAAUAACAUCAGACGCUUGCAGCAGGAAAUUACUAAAUAUGCAAUUAACAAUGGCCUUAAUGUCACACCGAUUCAGCUGGCUCUCAAUGGUGCCAUGGCACACCCAAGAGCAGCCCAGGCACUGGCACCUAUGCUUGCACGAAAUGCUCUCAACCCCGCAGACAUAACUGUAUUGUUCAAGUUAUACAGUGCCACAGACCCACCUCCGGUUGACCUAAUACGUAUCCCACAACUAUUAGAGCUGCUGAUAGAUGCCUUGUUUAAGCCAGGGAGCAAGGUGAAUCAAGAACACAAGGCCAAGUAUUUUUAUCUUCUUGGCUACAGUGCCAGCGUGUACGAAACACCAAAGAAAGGAAACAGACCCAGACAGGUGAACCGGGAUGACUUGAAGCCAACUCAACAAGCCAUCGAGAAAGUUCACAAUAUUUGCCAGGGUGGAAAGUCAGCCAUGGAACUUAUAGCUGAAAUCAAUACUUUAUAUCAGUGUAUUAGGUUCCCUGUUGUCAGUGUUGGUCUUGUCCGAUGGAUAGAAUGUGUAGUUAAGGAACCAAGUUACUUCAAGCUGUGCACCGAGUCAACGCCCACCCACCUGGCUCUCCUGGACGAAGUAGUGUCCAUUCAUCCUCUCCUCCAUAGCAGAGUUCUCAGUCUCCUCAUAGAACUGUUUGAGUCAGAGUUUCAAGAUCUGGAGAUCCUUGUUCAACUUGAGCUGCGGAAGAUGCUGCUCGACCGCAUGGUAAAUUUGUUGAGUCGUGGGUGUGUUCUUCCAGUCAUGAAGUACAUUAAGAGCUGUUCUACCAAGGGUGACACUGACAUCUCUCUCAUCCGCUACUUUGUUCGGGAGGUGCUGGAGAUUGUAGCACCGCCAUACACUGUCGAGUUUGUUCAACUGUUCCUGCCACUGGUGGAGAAUGAAGAUAUCACAGGAUCCAUGAACACAGACAGUGACUUGGUGACUGAGUUUAUAGCUCACUGCAAGUCUAACUAUUAUGUAAUGUAAGAAUAAUCAGGUAAGACGGAAAAGUUCUCAAGGAAAAUGGCAUUAUUAGACAUAACAAAGAAACUUACAGUUGGCUACAUUUGAGCCUCUUAAUAUAUGCAUGUAUAUAAUUUGGCUGAGAGUACAGAUUACAUUCUGAUCUGUUGUAUCUUAGUGAAUACAGGUGAUCAUUUUUGAACUUCACUAUGAUAGACUUUCAGGCUCAUCAACUAGAAAUCAGUUGAUGUAUUAGUGAAUGUACUCCAGUAGCACAGGAGUACUCUGUAUAUACAUUCCAUUAGUGUCACUAUGUACUUCACUGACUGAACCAGAGCUUGUAAUUAGACCUUAUAUCAGCUUUGCCAGUCUAAUGUAUUAGUGGGUGCCAGAUUGACACUAACCUUGUGAUGCUUGUUGCUUAUAAAAUACCUGAUAUAUCACUUGCCAGUCAGGAUGUGAGUGAUAACAUAUCAGUACCUUGUGGUGAACAACACUGGCCUCCAGUAACACAGAUGACACCUUGGCUUUUAAUAACAUUCGUAUAUAAUCAGUCGGCAAGUUUCUCACUGUCAUUGGGGGGGGGGGGAAAUUGCUUACUUAGCAAGAAUGCACAAGUACUGUAUACUAUUUUAGGAAAAUAGGAGUUGAAGGUAUUGUGAGUGGCACCUGGCCUUCCACACAAGCUGCCGUUACCACCCUAAGCAAAACUUCUACAAAAUUAAAUACUUGGUGUAGACAAGUGGUGGUGCUUGUUAACCUGUGAAGUUGUUUAAUAGGGUAUGUUUAUAUAAUGAAUUAAUAGGUGCUAUUUUUAAUAUACAUAUUCGUUCAUUAUAUUAUUUACCAUUUAGUUCUCCUUCCUGUUGCAUUUCCACUCUAUGAAAGUGAGGAAUGUGGUGUAGGUGAAUAUUUUCAGCAUGUUUGUGCAUGCUUGUCUAUAAAAACACGGUUUUGAAAAAUUCUAAGUGACUAAAAAGAGAAUUGGAAUGAAUGCAGUUAGAAUCUAGCUUCAAAUUUCAAGUGUAAUUAUGGAGGUAUAAUUCCAUUCGCCCGGGCUCUAGGAGACUCAAGCCGCAGACCCCGCGCGUGUGAGGCCGACGCCCUAUUGACCGAGCUAUUGAGUAGUCUUAAUAAGGAAAGUAUCCAGAAGCAGCAGCCUGCUGCCAAACUGGAAUUUUUGACAUUCCCCGACUACUACUGAAGCUCAGGGGAAUUAAUGAUCCAUCUUGAGG